AUGGAUAUGGAAAUCAGUGAUUCGUCUGAUGAAUCGAUAAUUGGAAGCAGGAGAAUCGUACAAAGAGCACGAAUAUUCUCAACCUCUUCAGACGAGGCAAGUAAUGUCAGUGAAUCGUCAACUACCGAAAUAAACGACAGUACCACGGAAGAAGAAGAUUUCGAUUCGGAUUUAGAGGAAGAGGAAAAUGAAAAGUGGCAAAAAAUAAGAGAAACAGGUCAACCCAUGAGUGAGUAUUCGCAUGAAGAAUAGUUGUUAAUUGAUGACAUGGACUGCGACGAUCCUGUUUCUUUAUAUAAGUUAUUCUUCGCGAACUACAUAUUAGAAAUGAUCGUUGAGGAAACGAAUAAAUAUGCUAUAGAAUGCGUGAACAACUCUGUAUUUAGCAGCAGAAGACACCAACAGGCCUGGAAGCCUGUUACAAAAGACGAACUGAACACUUUUAUUGGUAUCCUACUUGUCAUGGGGGUAGUGCGGCUACCUGAAAUUAGAUUAUACUGGUCUCAAAAGGACAUGUAUUCGAACGCGCGUAUAAAAAAAGCGAUGAAACGCGAUCGGUUUAUAUCGAUACUUAAAUAUUUAUACUUUUCCGACAAUACCACAGCUACAACUCAGGAUCGGUUGUACAAAAUUAGAAAUAUUGUACAAGCAAUUGCAAGCGAUAUAAGUAUGGCGUAA